GAGAGCUACAGUUUGCUACAGAACCCGCAGAUGAUCGAGCAUGGAUGGAUAGUAUAGUACUGCUGAGAAUUGAGAUGGCGAUGCUGACGUGAGGAGCAGAGGAAGCGUUGCUCCAGGGACAUGGGCCAGGUCCACAGUUGGAUUGGACAUGGAUCGGAUGGAGGAAGAAGAGAUGAGCCGAGCGGGCUUCGCCUAAGAUUAUCCACUAAAUAACUUAUUGGGGUGGGAGAGACAGACAGACACACACACACAGGCCUCCCUACCUCCUGAUUCCGCGCAGAGACAGAGAGCUAGAGACGAGACUCUCCCCCUCCACAACCCUCCCUCCAUUACCAUCACCCAAACGAAUUGUUCUCUCCCCAUCUCCGAUCCCUACGUCAAACGUGUCCCCCCCGCCCGGCCUCGCCUCCUCUCACUCUCUAUAAAGCAAACCGCGAACCUGAAAGCAGGCUGAUCUUGAUCACCUGCAACUGCAACUGCAAGCGACGAUCGAGAGCCAACAAACAACAUCAGCAACAGCAGCAGCAGGCUUCAGUUUGCACGCAGGGUUUAUCGGGCAUGGACUUGGAGCGUAUGGACGAGACGUCGUCGGUGAACGAUCAGAGCGCGGAACGGCGGCCCACGGUGGCCGGCGGCGGCGGCGGCGCCAUGCCGUGGCUCGACCUCACGCUGGCCGUGACCGCCCCUCGCGACGAGUUCCCGGCGACAACGGACGGGGACUCCUCGUCCGCCGCCUCAGACGGCGAGCCGCCGCCCAAGCCCGUGCCCGUGCCGUCCUCUCCUCCUCCUCCUCCUCCCUCCGCGCCCGCGCCGCACAAGGUGUUCUCGUGCAACUUCUGCAUGCGCAAGUUCUUCAGCUCGCAGGCGCUGGGCGGGCACCAGAACGCGCACAAGCGGGAGCGCAGCGCGGCCAAGCGCUCCUCCGCGCCGUCGCCCGCCUACCAGUACCAGUACCACCACCUCCACGCGGCGCAGCGGAUGGUCAUGGCCGGCCUGCCGCUCGAGGCGCACGCCGCCCUGGUGCGCGCCGCGCUGCGGGUCAGCCCGGCCAGCGCGGUCAUCCAAAAGGGCGCCGCCAGCCAGGAGCUCGCCGCCGCGGCGCGGAAGGCUGCCGGUGCCGGGGCCCCCGGCGCCACGAGCACGGCCCCCAGGUUCCACGACGGCAACAGCGCCGCCGCCACCUCGUGGGCGCCGGCGCUGCUCUACGAGAUCGAGGAGCCGGUCAGCUCGACGUGGCCGGGGAGCUUCCGCAUGAGGACGCAGCCUGAGCCGCCGAGCUCGGAGGAGCAGGCGUCGGCGUCGGAGCAGAGUAAGAAGAUAGACUUGGAUCUCAGGCUGUGAAACUGAAGCCGAAACAUCGUCGUAGUUACAUGUUGCAUACUUGUAGAUGAGGAGGAGCUCGCGCGACCAGACUGUACUUUGAUUUCUAACUAGUUUCGAUUUUCACCGGUAUAUAGUUGUCUGUCAGCUGCCUAAUCCCUCGACUUCGUGCCGCCUUCUGAAUAGCGAACGGUUCCUCGAAACGAGCAGUUCGAUCUGCGUCUUCUGAAAAAAAAAACGAGCAGGCAGUGAUCAUUUUCUGAAUCCUUUCAGCCAGAUGCGAAAUCCGUUCUGAGUGCAAGCUCAGACAGUAUUUGUUAUUCAGGGAAAGAAAGAAAAAUAUAUGGGAGAAAAUAAAGGAAAACUGGAUUAGAAAAAAGAAACUUUGCAAGGCGGAUGGAACGGUACAAAGAACGCGUUGGCAGCAAUAAAGCUUGCUUCAGAAAAAUGUUCCUUUGACAUCUGAAUUUGUCCGGACGCAGCCCCGACAUGGAAACUGCAGUCGUCAGCUAUUCCCUCCUGUUCCUAUUCAGCAAGUUGCGGUUCCAGGUGCCGAUGUGACAUUCCACUCAGCACAAAUGAUAGAGAAAAGCAACCUAGUUCCCUAUUAGAGCAUAUAAAAAACUAGCUAAAUAGUUUGUAAAGCUAAAUUUUAGCUAAUUAAUCUCUACUACUUAUUAAGUAAGCAAUAGUAGUCUGCCGUUCUGCCGUUCUGCCAUCCUGCAAUCUCAACCGUCCGUUCACCGUUCUGCGAUCUAAGCCGUCCGAUCCUGCCCACUAAUUCCACACGGCCUCUCCCACCCUGCCUUCCGCCGCCAGCCCGCAUCUCGCAACCGUCCCGCACGAGCAAAGAGCCCUCGUUCCCCUCCCCUUCCGCUCGAGUUCGUCGCCGUCGCCCUGCCCUCGUAUCUCCUCCCACGACACCGGUGACAACCACAGGCCACCGUCCUGAUCCUCAUCCGGGUGAUCCCCAGGCAGGCAGGUCGGCGAGGAGGGCAGCAAGACCGAGCCGUGCGGGGGCUCGGGACGGGAACGGGACAGGACCCCAAAAUCUCAGAUCCUUCCUGCUCGCCCGCCCGUGCCCGUCGGCGCGUCGUUCUUGCCGUCCGCGCCCCACCUCCGCCCUCUCCUCCUCCAGGGGAAUCAGAUAUGCCACAGGCUGCGCGAUGGUGUUGUGGGUCUUCGGCUACGGCUCCCUCAUCUGGAACCUCGGCUUCGACUUCGACGACAAAAUCCUCGGCUUCAUCAAGGGCUACAACCGCACCUUUAAUCUCGCUUGUAUUGACCACAGAGGCACAACAGAGCAUCCGGCGAGGACCUGCACGCUUGAAACCGACGGCGAGGCGACGACGAGGCCAUAUGCGUGGUGACACAGUAUUACAUGUGCAAUUUAGAUAUGGAUUUGGACGACUAAAAUCAUUUACUGAAAUGUACCUAAAUAAUGUUCUGUUUGUGUAGCAUCUUUGCAUGCCCCCCUUUUUACACGGUGACACAGUGUUACAUGGGCAAGGUACUUUGCGUGGCCUGUCGUCAUGAAUUUCUUUCUGACAACAGAUUGGUUCAACUUGUUUUCUUGCCAUUAGCCAUAAUUACAGAAAAUUGUUUUUAAUGAAUUGUUAUUCAGUUUUGCGUCACAAUUUCCAUGUUCUCGCAUGAAUAUGUAGCUCUGCAUUGGCCUUGAAAUCUUAUCGAGGUCUUCACUUUGGACUAAGGAAUUAGAAAAGAGUGGAAGAAUAGGGUAGGGAGUAAUUUCUUUUUCUACUUGUAUAGUGAGCUGUGUAAAAUCUCAUUACUUUAACCACUCCAAUAGCUGUUAGCUUUGCACACCAGUUUGGCAUGUUGGACCCAUGGAUCAGCUUUGUGUGACGACACAACAUGCAGCAUUAUAUAGAAGACAUUGGCAGAGUUCCUGCAUGUCGUGCCAGUGUUCCUGGUCGGUAAAUGCAGUUGCACAUGAAAUGGGAAUCAGGGUGAUAAUUCAGUGUUACAGGUAGGGGAAGGGAGCAAGAAGCAGCCCCGCUUGGUCAGCUUUGAUGAUAGAUCAUCCGUCACAGACUUGGACUUCGACUUGGAUGAAGAGGGGGCCAUCACGUUAUACAAUUUUUAUUUUUUCAUUACUUGUUGUGUUUGUUUACAGAUAGUCCCAACUCACUUGAAUUCUUGAUAGCCUGUUGUGGUUCUAGCAAAUUUGCUCAUCGUUACCAUCUUUGGCUGUCAAAUAUAUUUCUAUGCUACAAUUUUAGCUUAGGACCCUUAUGUGUAUCAUUUCUACAUAGAAAUAUUGUCCAAGAAAUGACUUGAAUAGGUUGUCCAUUUACUACUCUCACAUGGCAUCAUCUGAAGAUAACUCUUUGGGUUACUAUUUAUGUAGUAUGCACGUGUAAAAAUAAAUGCCAAGCCACUUAGUUGAGUUUUAAAGUAUGAUUCGUGCACCAAGAUACUUGUAGAAGAUACUAUUGCAGCUUAUGAUCUGUUCGGGAUCUCUACAGUGCAAUUGUUUAAGAGAAUUAGACAAUUAUAGUAUUGUUUCUUCCCAAUUAUUAUUUGGAAAAAUAGGCGGCAUGCACUAGAAUCAAGCCUAACCGCUUGGCUUGUUAUUACAUUGUGCUUCUACAUUACAUUGCUUCACUGUUUGAAUUUCAUCUCUAUUUUUGUUAGUAGUAAUAGUUAACAUGUUUGUGUUAUGCAUUAGUAAACUUUUUUUUGCUUGUAAGUUUCAAAGUAUACACACUAUUUUUAAUGUGCAAAGUGGCAUGCUACUUAUUUCAGUUUAUUGUUGCAAAAUUAGCCAUUUCGGUUUGUUGUAGGUCAGCAUGGUACAAGCCUACAAGGAGAAAGUUUAUCCAAAAAACAAGGUAUGUUUGGUUCAUGCUAAUCCUCACCUCCUUCCCUUGCUGCCGUCUCAGGUAAAUAAGAUGGAACUUUAAAAGAAAGUUCAGUUGCUAUUUAUGCAUCAAUUGCUUAACCUGUUUGUUUUGGUGACGAGCUACUAUCAGUCGCGCCAUAACUUAUUGCAUGUUUUCUCAUGUAUCGCUUUAGGACCGGUAUUGCUUUAGGAUGUGAUAUGGCAUUUGACAACGUUUUUUAAUUUAAUUACUGAAAUUCGAACGACUGGAAUGCAUUUUGUUACGUUUAUUACACAACAUUUUUUAUUUGUUUGUUGCUGAAAGUAACAUCAAUUAGGAAAUGAAAUUUGUACUUGGUAUUCGCCUCUGUACAGUUGAACUGCUGCAGCAUGAGCCAGAAGUUGGUUAUGAACUACCAUAUAAGGUUCCCUUCCAGAGUCUCCCAUGCUAUAUCGUGAAUUUUCCCAAGCAAAGCACCUGCCAGGCGCCAAUAUGCCACCGGGGUAGCCAUUAAAAUACUUAAAAUCAACUCCAAGGCUCAUCGAACGUUAUCCAGUGCUUCACCGUGUUUCUGAACUCCCUAAAGCAGAUGUUGUCAUGUUGGUCAGUUUGGUGUUGGUUUAAUUUCUACGGGUGUCGUAUAUCAGAGGUAAACAAUAUUAGAUGUUUAUUUAUUUGUUUGGAGGUAUCAGUUUUCUAUGAAUGUACAACUGUUUGCUUUGUGCUUUAUUUAGACUUCUAAUUUAUAUCGAUAUUUAUGACAUGUGUUUACCUGUUUUGUAAGUCAAUCAAAAAGUUUGACUAGCAACUAAUGGUGCCUAUACAUGUAUUUAUGGAGCUUCUUCUGGUCAUAUGUGUAGUGGAUCUCUCCUCCUGUUGUUCCCUUCAAUCAUGUCCAAGGUCAAGAACCAUUCAGGUCAUAAACCCCUACGACAGGGGCCACGAGGGCUCAUCUUCGCCACUGCCCCUACUCCCACCUUCUGCAUGUCCUGCUCGGUGCUGUUCCAUUCCCUAGCGAUGUUCUCCGGCUAAAGACGCUUGGAGUUUGUGGUGUGGUGACACUUAAUGAAUCAUACGAGAGGCUUGUUCCCACAUCCCUAUACGAGGCUGCCAUUUGCAUUCAAUUUUGGUCAACAUUAUGAACUGACCAGAGAUUGAUAGUGAUAGUGUUGGAUCACGAUUGCAGGAUAAAAGAAGUAGGCGCAAUGAGGAGUCAUGUUCAUUCACAAGCUCUAACAGAGAAAGUUGGGGCAGAUGUUCAUCUUUAGGUGCAGCCAGUGAUGAAUUAUUCUCAGGCAAUAAUAAUGAUAAGCAGAUAUGAGCCCUUGGGCCUCCAGUUCGGGCAACAAGCAUAUGGCAAAGAGAGUGAGGGGGCAUGAUAUUGUUUUCCAAUUCCAAGAUCUAAGGAGCAAAGACUAUUAAUUAUCAUAAACAAGAUUUCUAAUUGGUGAAAGCUUUUUAUAUAUAGCAGACUGUGAUGAUGUGUAGAGGCAAAGGAUCCUUCAGAGUUGAAGCAGGGUAAAAGAUUUUGUGUCAAGCAUCGAGCCAAAGAUUUUGUGUCAAGCAUGAAGGACAUUGAAACCCGGUUUAUGUGUAUAGUUGAAGCAGGAAAUAAGGUUUCUAGAAUGCUUGAAACCAAGAAGAUCUUGCUUGACAUAUGUGCUAAAAUACCAGGAUUCUAGGUUCUCCAGUUAAGCUACCUACUGCCCGAUUGUGUCAGCACUUCAAGUGUGCUGCAAUUGUGAUGUUAUUCUCAACCAUGGUAACCAGGGUAUUCUCAUUAUUCUCUUCGCAAUCAUAAUGUUUUCCUGAAGUACUAAUUUUAAAUGUCUUUGUAGAAACUGUGACCCUCCAUAGUUAAGGGAUUGCACUUUCUUAAAUAUUUGUAAGCACUUACUGUUUUGAUUAUGCACUUAGACUCUCUGUUUUGAAUGCGAUAUUUCUUCCUUGAACAAAAAAGGUGCACUUUUGUUGUAAAUUUCAGUUCUUGGUGUUUGUUUAGACACAUUUUUUUGUUUUAAGAACUUCUGUUAAAAGUUUCUAUGAUCUA